AUGCAGCACAUCACAGAGCUCGUCCAGCAGCACCUUCCCGGGAUCUACGUGGUCGCCCUCGAGGUCACCGGCUCGAAAAUCGGCUCCAUCUUCACCGGCAGCGACAAACAGGUCGAGAUGAUCUGUGCGGCGCUCGCUGCGGAUAGCAAGCUUGCGGGAGGCAUCAAUGCGAUGGGCGUGUCGCAGGGUGGCAUCCUGCUGCGGGGCUAUCUCGAGCGUUGCAACAACCCGCCUGUCAAGAACUUCAUCUCGUGGGUGGCCCCCAUGAUGGGCGUCUACGGCGUUCCCGAGGUGGGGCAUUGGGAGUAUCUCAACGUGACGCUUGAUGAAAUCGCCGACUGCUGCGUCUACCAGGAUUGGGCGCAGAGCCUGCUUUCCUUUGCUGGUUAUUGGCGCGACCCUUUCGCACUCGACAAGUACGUGGACAGAAACAUCUUCCUCGCCGACAUCAACAACGAGGGGUCCAACAAGAACCCCACCUACAAGAAGAACGUUCUCGCCCUCGACAACUUUGUCAUGAGCUACUCCACCGCCGACACCGUGCUGAUCCCGUUGGAGACGGGCUGGUUUGGCGCCUACGCCAAUGGCACGGACAGCCAGGUCGUGCCGCUCGAGAAGCAGCCCUUCUACGAGUUCGACUACAUCGGUCUCAGGACGCUGGAUCAAGCCGGCAAGCUGCACCGAUUUACCACCGACUGCAUACACGAGGACUACACCUCGCCCUGCUUUGACAAGUACUUCCUGGCCAACGUCCUGCCAUUCCUUGCGUCCUAG